GUUUUCCUGCCAAAGCAGUAAAUAUCAGGAGCUAACAGGCACACGCUAUCUGGCUACUCCUUCUAUCAGCAGAAUAGACGUUUUUUUAACCUAACCAGUUAACAGUCCAGAGUCUGUUGUGUGGGUGGUGCGUUUCGAUAAGCGAUGACCCGACAGCUUCCCUUUGUGUUAUAAGGGAGGCUUGUCCAUUUAAUCAAAUCUGUGGUGAUUUAGCUAGCUUCACGGGUUAGCUUAACGCUAGCAAGCUGUGUUAGCGUCUGAAGGAGGUUUCGUUGCUAGUGACUAUGCAAGGGGAAACCGCGGCUAUACGAAUCACGGAAAACGAAGGCAAGCUGGAUGUAUUUCCCCAGAACAGAACCCCAAGCUCGGGGAGAGCAAGUGCUAAAGGCUGGCAGUAUAGUGACCACAUGGAGAAUAUUGAUGGCUACUUGAUGAAAUACACCAACCUUGUAACAGGCUGGCAGUACAGGUUCUUUGUCUUAAACAAUGAGGCGGGCUUGCUGGAGUACUUUGUCAAUGAACAGUCACGUCCACAGAAGCCCAGAGGCAUGCUCCCUCUGGCAGGGGCCGUCAUCUCCCCCAGCGACGAGGACUCUCACACCUUCACUGUCAACGCCAUCAGUGGGGAGCAGUACAAGCUCAGGGCCACCGAUGCCAAAGAGAGGCAGCAUUGGGUGAGCAGACUGCAGAUCUGCACACAGCACCACACAGAGGCCAUGGGGAAGAGCAAUCCCCCACCCAAGUCCCGGAGCUACUCGAUGGCAUCUCAAGGCAGCGGCAGCUCACCCAUGUCCGUGCGCCGGCCCAGCCAAAACCCCAACAACUUAUUUGCCUGGUCGCAGGUGAACAAGGGUUCGUCGCUCUACUCCAGCAAGCGGUCUCUGCUCCCAGACCACCUGCUGGACGCCAGAGAGAUGAUGAGCCAGGCCCAGGGCCAGCACAGAGACCUGAUCCAGAGCAUUGAGGGCCUGCCCGCAGCCCCCGGCCUCUCCCCUCUAGACCAGGACCUGCUGAUGCUAAAGGCCACUUCUAUGGCCACCAUGAACUGCCUCAACGAGUGCCUGCAGAUCCUGCACCUGCAGCAGAUGGCCAGGCAGAGAAGCACCCUGGGAGGACCCACCAUUGAGUGGUUGGAGCCCAAGCUGCCCAACAUCCUGAAGAAUGGCGGCGGCUCCAUGGGUAGCUUCACAACAGAAGAGCCGCUGGAGGGGAGCCGCCUGGAGCUCAGUACCCCCGAGUCCUGCAGCUUCUCUGGGGAACAGGAAGACAUAGAUGUGGAGGAUGAAGCGGAGGACUGCCUCGCAGACAAGGAGGAGGACCUGGGUGCUGUGGAGGAGGAGCGCAGCGUCAUCCUACACCUGCUGUCCCAGCUGAAGCUGGGUAUGGACCUCACGCGGGUGGUCCUCCCAACAUUCAUCCUAGAGAAGCGCUCUCUGCUGGAGAUGUACGCCGAUUUCAUGUCACACCCAGACCUCUUUGUGGCCAUCACCGACGGAGGCAGCCCUGAGGACCGCAUGGUCCGGUUUGUGGAGUACUACCUCACCUCCUUCCACGAGGGCCGCAAAGGCGCCAUCGCCAAGAAGCCCUACAACCCCAUCAUCGGCGAGACCUUCCACUGCUCCUGGAAGGUACCCAGGAGACCAGAGGCCUCUAAGGAGCCCUCGCAGGGAAGCCCCGACCCAGCCGCCCCCCAGGAGCCCUACCAAGUGCGCUUUGUGGCGGAGCAGGUGUCCCACCACCCCCCUGUGUCUGGCUUCUAUGCUGAAUGCCAGGAGCGGAGGAUGUGCGUGAACACGCAUGUGUGGACCAAGAGCAAGUUUAUGGGAAUGUCCAUUGGAGUAUCCAUGAUAGGGGAAGGUUGUCUGUCUUUACUGGAGCACGAUGAAGAGUACACUUUCACGCUGCCUUGCGCAUAUGCACGCUCCAUCCUCACCGUUCCCUGGGUUGAACUGGGCGGCAAAGUCAACAUCAGCUGCGCUAAGUCAGGCUACUCGGCAAUCAUCACUUUCCAGACUAAACCAUUUUACGGUGGCAAAUUACACAAGGUAACAGCAGAGGUGAAGCACAACCCCACCAAUGCGGUGGUGUGUCGCGUGCAGGGCGAGUGGAACGGUGUUUUGGAGUUCAGCUACACCAGCGGAGAGACGAGGAUGGUCGACGUCACCAAGCUGCCUGUCACGAAGAAGUGCGUUCGGCCGAUUGAGAAGCAGGGACCAACUGAAUCCAGGCGCCUGUGGCAGCAUGUGACAGAGUCCUUGCGGGAGAAGGAUAUCGAAAAAGCCACGGAGCACAAGAGGCUUCUCGAGGAGAGGCAGAGGACAGAGGAGAGGCACCGUGCUGAGACCGAAACCGCUUGGAGGACCAGAUACUUUGACAGAGAGGGUGAAGGUUGGGUCUAUCACAAACCACUUUGGAAAAACUCUGCAUUCAAAUCCUAGUUUCUUCUAGGAUUCUUCUUUGUCUCUAUCUUGGAUGUAGAUUCAGGAGUGUGUGUGUGUGUGUGUGUGUGUGUGUGUGUGUGUGCGCGCGCGCACAUGUGGUUAUGAAAUGAGAGCAUGACCUGCACUGACGUACAGAUGAAUGCAACAUGGGGAGGGCAGAGAGACAGCAUGACUGAAGGUGUUCUCGAAUCUCACUCAUGACGUUCACAAAGCCUCCCAGUACAAGCUUUUGUACUGCUGAUCAGUUUGUGUUUUUUUUAUUAUCCAAUGUCUAUUAAAACAUUCUUGUACAGGUAAUGGUACUCUAUUUACACAGCCUUAAGAUAGUCUAAUGAUGCUCUAAGUUUGGGUUCUGCUGAUCAACCUGGACAUGGUUCUUUUCUUCUUCUUCCUUUUUUUUUAAGCUGUGAUAUGACACUUAGGUGAAAUGACUUUUGAGGAGUUUCUUCUUUAAAAUAAGAGAUCCAACAAACUGAAAAUUUAAAUAAUUGGAAUACUGCCUGAUAAAUGUAAUGCUGUGAAACUGUUGUAAAUUGGAUUUAGUGUUCUGGAAUGUAAAGUUGCUGUAAACCUGAAAACUUUGAUUUAAAUCAAAGUAGUUCCCUAUAACAAACAUUCAAGGCUAAAUACGCAACAAUAAAAAUAAAAAAAACACACUCCCAGUCUGUAACGCAGGCUUUCAGUCAAAGCCUGAGCCCAAGAGGAAAUGGCUCACCCAAAUGACAUCACUAUGACAUCAUCAGGGCUAUUGUUUCAAAAGCUCCCCAUACAGGACUCCAUACAGCUGUUUUCACAGGCUCAGUGGUCCUCACCUGAAUUAGCUUAUUUCCACGCGUAAAGCCGGUGAAAGCUCUAACCAACUUACACUUUGUAACUUGAUGUGUUCACACUACAGUUUCAAUAGUGAUAGUACUGCCUUAAUUUGGUAAAUAUCUGGUAAACUGUGUGCAUAUAGAUUUACUUACUGUAAUGAAGCCACGCAGUUUAUCUCUAAAGUCUCAUUUAUCUAGUUGUUGUUUGAAUGCUGUAUUGAAAUUGAUGUGUUGACUAAGUCACACUGCUGGAAUGGUAUGGCGUAGACUAGCUCAAAAGUUUAAAUAAUGAAAUGAUUUAGUCACAUGUUGUGAAUGCAUUUAAGAGGUUGCCACCUUCACCAUUCAUGUCUUUUUUUUUUUUUUUUUUUAGUUCUGUGGUUUUGCAGUGGAUGGUAAAAAAAAAUAAAAAUCCUACGUGCAUGCUAGCUAAGUGUCUCUGUUCACAUUGAUUGCAGCAAGUAUACUACUCCUGUGUCUGCAUUACUUCAAUUUAUAAAUGUCUGUUGAAAAAAGCUUUUAACCAAAUUUGCUUGUUUUGUAAUGCAAAUAAGUAUUUUCUUUGAAUGUGUGCUUAUCCCCUAUUUCUAAUUGCUCUUAAUUUUAGAAACACUUUUUGUAUAGAGACAUUUCUUGUUCUAUCUGUGUUGAUAUUUUUUAUUUUAUUUUUCUUUCGGAAGUAAUUCGAGCUACUGAAAUGUGAUGUACAUGUGAUAAACCUUAUUUUGUUUUCUGCCCCCUAAACAAAAAUGUUACUCACAUUCUCAUAUCAGUAUCGGGUAGUUCCCAUUCUCUACAGAAAGAGAAAAUCCACCCUGCCAUUGCUGAGCUACUCCCUCCCUCCAUGUCUUGGUGCCUUACGCAAACUUUGUGUCUUCCAGCUAAGGAGCACAGCAUUUUCACCAGUUAUUCACCUGACCGAUGCAAUGGCGUAUGUAUUAUUUGUGUGUGUGUGUGCGCGUGUGUUCUUUUUUUAAGAAUCACUGCUUGAUGACGGCAGAAGUCGACUAAGCACUUUUACUCUUACAUUUUCUUGGUUUUGAAUUUUACCAGUUGUCUCGCUGACCUAUGAAAUGCACUGACAUUGGAGGAAACCUGAUGUUGUUGAACAAUGUGUGCUAAUUAAAUUGCGUAUGCGUUGUGUAUACUG